UGAGGAGAGCUGACCUCGGGAAGCUGCAAGCUGCUAAUCGAGGAGGCAGCGGUGGGGGGGAUAAAGUCCAGAUUCCUUCCAAGAAGUCUAAUCUCUGGCAAAUGUACGCGCACACGCCGUUGCCUUUCCCAGUUGUUGCUGGGGGCUUUGCAAUAGGACGCAGCCCCAGCUCCUUGCCGUGCUGCAGCCUCUGUGCCUUGGGAAGAGGGGGAAAGGAGCUGGGGAAGGAGCCUUGCAGGAGAGGAGCGGAGCGGGCGCUGGCCCCGCCGCCGGGCACAAGGGGCGGGGAGGCGGAGGCUGGCGCUGCGAGCAGCGCGUACCUGGAGCACGGGAGGCUGUGGAGAGGAGGGGACAGCGGCGUGAGGAGAGGGCUGAGGGCUGUGCCCCACCGCUUGUGCUCGCCUCCGCCCGUCUUCCAGUGUGCUAGCGAAAUUCGGGGACACGUUCUGUUCCCUUAUUUCUCUCCUCUCUUCUUCCCCUUUCUGAAGAGAAGAAUUAAUGAGAAGAGAUGGGGAGAGGAACGGGAAAGUGAAAUUCUAAGAUGCUGCGGGGAACUUUGAUCCCUUUCCUCACAUCCCUUUCCCUGCGCAGAAAUGGCAAAGGCAGCCCGCUCCCCCCGGUGCGGAGCGGCUAGCGUGGGAAAGCAGAGCCUGGCAGCUGAACGAGAAUGUGAUGCCUGAAGAACCUUCUGCUCACUUUGUACGAGGGAUGGAAAUCUCCAAAAUACUCGGGCUCCUGGUAGAGCUCUCAAGUUUGCUAUCCUGUCUCAGAUGUGUGGAGGCUUUCCUGGGAUCCAAGCCCAACCAAAACCACUUGCAGAGUGCAGCGCCCAGCGUGUGUGCUGUGGGCCCUCUCGGGUACUACAACGGCUCGCUGGCGGUCACCGAGGCCGGGGCACAGUGUCUCAGCUGGGCAGAGUUCCCUGAUUACAUUCAGCAGUACCCAGACCGCGGCCUGGGGGACCACAACUUCUGCAGGAACCCAGACGGGGGAACAACGCCCUGGUGCUUCUACAGGCUUGUGUCAGGGGCCAUUGGCUGGGCCAACUGUGACUGUAACCAAGGUGCUGUGCGGUUGGCUGAAGACAGUAGUGUGGAGCUGUACUUCAAUGGACUCUGGGGUACCAUCUGUGCUGACCACUGGACUGACUGGGAUGCCAGUGUUGUCUGCAGGCAACUUGGUCUCAGUGAGAUUGGCACAGCUGGGAAGAAGAGUCAUUCUGGACCAUGGCCUGUUCCCCUGCACCUGCAGUCAGCAAACUGCCAUGGAGAUGAGGAAGCCCUGCUGCAGUGUGGCUAUCAGGAAGCUCUGUCAGGACCUUGUAACCAGGGGAGUGCUGUGGUAACCUGUGUUCCUCCAGAAGGUGUAGGUGCCCCACUUCGUAUAGUUGGGGGGAAGGAGAGCUUUGAAGGGCGAGUGGAGGUUUACCAUGAUGGCAAGUGGGGAACCAUCUGUGAUGAUCAGUGGGACGACCGGGAUGCUGAAGUAGUCUGUAGACAGCUGGGACUCAGUGGGACUCCAAAAGCCUUGUCAUGGGCUCACUAUGGACAGGGAUCUGGCCCAAUCCUGCUGGAUGAAGUGCAGUGCUCAGGGAAUGAACUCUCCCUUGAUCAGUGCAAGAAGAGUGACUGGGGACAGCAAAACUGUGACCACAUUGAAGAUGCUGGGGUCUCCUGUGACCCUUUCACAGAGGGCACGGUCCGGCUGGCUGGCGGCCGCAGCCCCAGCGAAGGCAGGGUGGAAGUUUACUACAAUGGAGACUGGGGCACGGUGUGCGACGAUGGCUGGACAGACCUCGGCGCCCAAGUGGUCUGCAGGCAGCUGGGCUUCAGUGGUCCUGCUGCUCUGGCCUCUGAAGGAGACUAUGCUGCUGGCCAAGGCUUCAUCUUACUGGAUGAUGUGGCAUGUGUGGGGACAGAGCUGUCUCUCCUGGACUGUCCCCACAGCAACUGGGGGCAGCAUGACUGCUCCCAUGCUGAGGAUCUGGGAGUCCGCUGUUCCCCAGAAAGCAACACGGUCAUGGAUGGCAGCCUGGGGCCUCCCGUGCGGCUGGUGGAUGGAGAGAGCAGCAAGGAGGGCCGGGUUGAGGUAUUGCUGAACGGGCAGUGGGGCAGUGUCUGUGACGAUGACUGGACAGACAGAGAUGCUGCAGUGGUUUGCAGGCAACUGGGAUUUAGUGGUACAGCAAAAGCCAGGGCAAUGGCUUAUUUUGGUGAAGGCCAUGGGCCCAUCCAUCUGGACAACAUAGAAUGCAGUGGCAUGGAGCACACCCUGGGGCAAUGUGCCACACCUGACACCAGGAUUCACAGCUGCUGGCACAGUGAGGAUGCUGGGGUGAUCUGUGACUAUGUGGAAGAAAAGAUCCAAGAUAUCAGGAGAACAGGUCCAGAGUCUGGUGUGUGUGGGAUGCGCCUGCUUCAUCGUCGCAAGAAAAGGAUCAUAGGUGGAAACAAGUCUCUGAGAGGCAGUUGGCCAUGGCAGGCCUCACUGCGGCUGAAGGGUUUUCGUCGAGAUACUCGUCUGCUGUGCGGAGCAACGCUGAUCAGCAGCUGCUGGGUGGUGACUGCAGCCCACUGCUUCAAAAGGUUUGGUGCUGAUGUGCGGCGCUACCUCCUGCGCGUGGGCGAUUACCACACAGGUGUGAAGGAUGAGUUUGAGAGGGAGCUGCCUGUGGAGCGGAUUGUCCUCCACAGGAACUACUGGGCUGGCAGCAAUGAUAAUGACAUAGCCCUGGUCCGGAUGCGGGGCAGAGAAGGGCACUGUCUCUCCUUCAAUCACCACGUUCUGCCCGUCUGCCUGCCUGACAGGAGAGAGAGGUCUGACAUCAACAGGCAAGCCUGCAUCAUCUCUGGCUGGGGAGACACAGGGAAGUCCUAUUCCAGAACCCUGCUGCAGGGGGUGGUGCCCCUUCUCCCACGGGAAGACUGUGAGGCUCGUUACGGGCGGAAGUUCACCAACCGCAUGAUUUGUGCUGGGAACCUCUCUGAAGAUAAACGGGUGGACAGCUGUCAGGGUGACAGUGGAGGGCCACUCAUGUGUCAGAGAUCAAAUGGACGCUGGAUCAUUUUGGGCAUCACUUCCUGGGGGUAUGGCUGUGGUCGGAAGGAUUCGCCCGGUGUGUACACAAAGGUCAGCAAAUUCGUACCCUGGAUCAAGAAAGUGACCAAGCUGAAAUGAAAAUGACUGAGCCCUUGGAAUUUCAGCACGUGGUCCUUUUGCCCUGCAGCAGCAGAAGGCUGUGGCUUCUGGUCUGUGACUGAUGGAGAUUUUGACAUUGGACAUUGGCAAAAGAUUUUAAUGUAGAAUUGGA